CGCGUCGCUGACGGGGAACAGAGAGAAAGAAAUGGCAGCGACUUUUGCAGAGGAGAGAGAGAGCGAGGACGAUAAGAAUAGAGGAGUAGCGGGAGAUUGUGGUGACAAUCGAGUGAAGAAGAUCCAAAAAGUUGCUGCUACAGUUGUUGAAUUUAGCGAUCGUGCUGCUUUUGCUCUCCAAGCCAGAGCAAUUUUUAAAGAUCGGGAUUAGCCGUUAUCAUUCAAGUGUAAUUUUUCUUGUAAUUGUUACUAAUUGAAGUGAUUUGAGUAUAUUGAAUACAAUUAGUAUGGGGAGUAACAGCCGACGGUGGAUUUGAGUGAGAGAGACGGAGCAUUUGGUGGCAAAAGUUGUUUGUUCAAAGCGUUUGAGAUAUUUGGAGAAUUCACUAAUUAAUACAGGAUUCAGGUAUGGCUGCUGUGACGGACGGCGUAGAUGGUGCAGGUGAUCUGUAUAAGCAGCUCUGGCAUGCUUGUGCUGGUCCCCUGGUGACAGUGCCUCGCCAAGGAGAGCUUGUUUUCUAUUUUCCUCAGGGUCAUAUCGAGCAGGUUGAAGCAUCAACGAAUCAGGUUUCCGAUCGACAAAUGCCAGCAUAUGAUCUUCCAGCAAAAAUACUCUGUCGCGUGGUCAAUGUUAGAUUGAAGGCUGAACCCGCCACUGAUGAAGUUUUCGCUCAAGUGACUCUGCUCCCUGAACCUAUUCAAGAUGAGAACAAUGUGGCUAAGGACACGACGCGUCUUUUGCCUCUGCCUUCACGUUCUCGUGUGUUUUCUUUCUGUAAGACCCUGACCGCAUCUGAUACGAGCACGCAUGGUGGAUUUUCGGUGCUAAGACGACAUGCCGAGGAGUGCCUGCCCCAACUGGACAUGUCUGGGCAACCACCGGCUCAGGACUUGGUAGCCCAGGAUCUGCAUGGAAAUGAGUGGCGUUUCCGACAUAUAUAUCGAGGUCAACCAAGGAGGCACCUUCUUCAAAGUGGUUGGAGUCUCUUCAUCAGCUCUAAAAAGCUUGUUGCGGGAGAUGCUUUUAUAUUUCUCAGGGGUGACAAUGGGGAACUUCGAGUUGGGGUAAGGCGCGCUUUGAGGCAGCAAAUUAAUGUUCCAACUUCUGUCAUAUCCUGCCACAGUAUGCAUAUCGGUAUCCUUGCAUCAGCGUGGCAUGCAAUUUCUACGGGAACAAUGUUCACUGUCUACUAUAAACCCAGGACCAGCCCUGCUGAAUUUAUUAUACCCUUUGAUAAAUACAUGGAGUCUCUCAAGAGCGACCACUCUGUGGGGAUGAGGUUUAAAAUGAGGUUUGAAGGUGAGGAAGCUCCAGAACAAAGGUUUUCCGGCACGGUGACUGGUGUGGAAGAUGCCGAUCAUCUAAGGUGGCCUGGUUCCAGAUGGAGAUGCCUCAAGGUGCGAUGGGAUGAAACUUAUCCCAUCUAUCGUCCAGAGAGGGUUUCCCCAUGGACACUAGAGCCUGCUAUGACUCCUCUGGACCCUGUUCCUGCAUGCCGACUGAGAUGGCCCCACCCAAAGCUGGUGUUACCAUCUGCUGAUUCUUCUGUUUAUUUGAGGGAAGGUUCAUCUAAAGUCACGUUAGACCCUUCACCACACGAUGGGUUCACCGAAGCCUUGGAAAAUCGAGAAAGCUUGGCUUUGAGAGGCCUAUCUAAUGCAAAUAAUGGCUCUAACAGUAUUGGAUGGAUUCCAUUACAAGGUGAUAAGCAAACCAUCUCAGAUUGUGGUAAAAGAAAAUGUGGGGGAGAGGACAAGGUACAUGAAGUAAUGCAUAUGAAACCCCUAUCAGGUCCUCAAUCCCCACAUGGAAUCUAUAAAAAUAGUCGGGCUUCUGUUGAGCAUAACCAUGAUAAUAUUGACCAUUUGAGGAAACGAGCUUUUGAUCGAGAAGAAAUAUUCAAGAUGCCUAUGCAUCUACAGUCCAUGACUUUCUUGAAUCCCUCCUUUAGGAUGUGUGAAUUCAGUGCAGAACUUCCUGAAGCAGAAGAUAAACUUCGCGGUGUUGAAGCCGUGCAUCAACCUGGAAGUCAGUUUUUGUCUCUGUUUCCUCCUCAUCCUAUGGCAUUAGGUUCAUCUCCACAUUUGCAAAAACAGGAAGUGGGGACGUCUAGAAGAGAUGGCAAUUGUAGACUUUUCGGAAUCUCCCUCUCCAGUAAUUCUCCUGAAACAGAAUUAGCCAUGUUAUGUAACAACCCCGAGCAACAGGUGCAAAAGCAGCACACUCCUGCAUCAGACCAACUGCAACACUUGAGGUCUUAUCAGAGGUUGGAGCAAUUAGAAUGUACCACCAUUGGUUGUGAGGAACUGGGGAGCUCCCUGCAAGCUCCAAAUCAGGUUUCUAAAGAUGUUGUGGGCAAGCUUCAGGGCAAUUCCUACAGAAGUUGCAUUAAGGUUCACAAGCAAGGAGUAGCCUUGGGGAGGUCUGUGGACCUCACGAAGUUCAGUGGCUAUGAUGAAUUGGUUGCAGAAUUUGAUAAGAUUUUUGAAUUUGGUGGUGAACUAAUAGCUGCUGACAAGAAGUGGCUUAUUGUUUUCACCGAUGAUGAGGGUGAUAUGAUGCUUGUAGGAGAUGAUCCCUGGCAGGAAUUCUGCUGCAUGGUCCGCAAAAUCUUCAUCUAUACUAAAGAGGAGGUAAAUAGGAUGGGUGGACAGCCCUCUCCAAGAGCUGAGCAAAAUUCACCUACUGCAAACCACUGGAGUAGAUCACAAGAAUAGAAAUUUGGCAGAGACUGUUAGUCCUUAGGAGAUGUUCUAUUUUGCUUUAACUUCUUGGAUGUGAUUUAUUUAUUUCUUAAGCCAUAUUUUGUGAGGAAUUUAGUUUUGUACUUUUUUUUUGGUGUAUAACCUUGCAACUCCUUUUGCAAUCAAGGGCCAUGGCGCCUUGGCUUAGUGGCCCACUUGCUUCAUCA